AUGUUUUUGAAGGCGGGUAGAGGGAAAAAAAUAACAACAGCCAGCGUAGAUGGGCUUGGCUGUGUCGUUAUGGAGCCCCCUUUGAGCAAGAGGAACCCGACCCUGAGAUUAGCAGAUUUGGCAGCGGCUCAGCCCCAUCCUCAACAGAACAUGACAGGCUUCCCGGGGCUGGGGAACCACCACGUCCACCCCCACCACGCGGCCCACCUUCACCCCGGGGACGCAGGCGGCGACCCCGGCGGUGCCCUCACGCCGCUCGGACCUGAGCACAUGGCGCAGCCGGCCGCCCUCAAGCUCACUCCCGAGGCGCUCACCGCCGCCGCCGCCGCCUUCGCUGCGCCCGCCGCCACCACCGCCACCGCCGCCGCCACCGCCGCCGCCGCCACCACCGCUGCCGCCGCUUACGCGCCGCCCGCCACCACCCUCCCGGGCUACCCGGCGGGGGGGGCGGCAGGCCGGGACUUCAUCUUGCGGCGGGAGCUGCCCGCUGCCGCUGCUGCCGCCGCGGUGCACGGGGCGCUGGGCGAGCAGCACCCUCCCGCCGGCUCCCCCCACCUCCCGCACCCGCCUCCCCACGGCGUCUUCAUCUCGGCCGCCGGCACCUACGGCGCGGCCGACGGGGCGCACACCGCUUUCCCGCCGCCGCCCAGCGAGCAGGGCGCGCCCACCGGCCGCCACCCGCCUCUCAACGGGCAGAUGCGGCUGGGACUGGCGGCCGCCGCCGGAGAGCUCUACGGGCGCGCCGAGGCUCACUACGGGGCCGCCGCCGCCUCCUCCUCGGCGCUGCAAGGUUACGGCUCCGUCAACCUCAACCUGGCAGCAGCGGCGGCGGCCGGGCACGGGCACCCGGCAGCGGCCGGGGCCUUCCUGCGGUACAUGCGGCAGCCCAUCAAGCAAGAGCUGAUCUGCAAGUGGAUCGACCGGGAGCCGCCUCCUCCGCCUCCUCCUCCUCCGCCGCCACCGGGCGGUAGGAAGCCUUGCUCCAAAACUUUCAGCACGAUGCAGGAGCUGGUGAGCCAUGUCACCGUGGAGCACGUCGGCGGGCCCGAGCAGAGCAGCCACGUGUGCUACUGGGAGGAGUGUCCCCGGGAAGGCAAACCCUUCAAAGCGAAAUACAAACUCAUCAACCACAUCCGAGUGCACACGGGAGAGAAACCCUUUCCCUGCCCCUUCCCCGGCUGCGGGAAGGUCUUCGCCCGCUCCGAAAACCUCAAGAUCCACAAGCGGACUCAUACAGGGGAGAAGCCCUUCAAGUGCGAGUUCGACGGCUGCGAGAGGAAGUUCGCUAACAGCAGUGAUCGCAAGAAGCACUCCCAUGUCCACACCUCGGACAAGCCCUACUACUGCAAGAUCCGCGGCUGCGACAAAUCCUACACCCACCCUAGCUCCCUGCGGAAGCACAUGAAGAUCCACUGCAAGUCUCCUCCGCCCUCUCCGCCGCUGGGCUCCCAAGGCUACACGGCUGCUGCGGCGGGCCCCCCCGACGGGCCGCUACCCCCCGAGGCUGCCCUGGCCGCAGAGCCGCCCCGCGGCCCCGCAGCCGCCCUCUCCCCGCCGGUCACCGAUCUCAGUGAGUGGUACGUCUGUCAGGCCGGGGGGGCUCCCCGACGGCCCCGCACCCCCUCCAGUCGCGACACCUCCCCGACCUCAGAGGGGGACGAGCCCCACAGGACCUCGGGGGGCAGAACCGCUCCCUAG